AUGUUAUUUGAGAAACUAAAAAUAUAUAACACAAAAGAAAAGCUUUUAGAAAGAUUAAAAGAAAUUAAGAAAGAAGAGGAAACUAAAAAAAAUAAAAAUACCCCAAUUAAAGAUAAAGUAAAACGAACUUGUAAGUAACAUUUGGAGUCAAUAAUUUAGUUUCAACAUCUUAAUCAUAAAGAACAACAUUAAAUAGUUUAAAUAGAUUGUCAACAUCACCUAAAGUUUAAUGUAUUUUGGAUAUUGAGAAAAUAAAAAUGCCUCUUACUUUUGAAAGAUAUCAGAAUAUAACAAGGAUGACUGAAAUACCAAUCAGAUAGCAGUUUUAUUAUUGUUAAUUAUUAAUAGAUUAUCCACUCCAUAAACUCCAUAAAAGAGUAUUCUUGAAAGAUUAAAUGAAUAAGAAGAAGAAAAAAUGAUCAGAGAAUUAAUUGAUAAUUAUAAACCAGAAUUGUAUGAUGAUAUGAUGGAAAAUGAUUAAUUAGAAAUUGAAAGAUAAAAUGAAGAAGCACAUACUAAUUCAAUGAAAUAGUUUUCAUAUCAAGAUUAUAGUCCUUAAAGGAUGAAUAUGAUUAAAAAACAUUAACAUCAUCAUCAUAAAUCAAAUCCAUCUAAAAAUAAUUAGAGAUAUGAGGAUUAAAAAUAAUAAUACUUAUAAUAAUUAUAAUAUAAGGGAGACAUUAAUUCAGAAUUCAAUACUGAUAGAGGUAAAUAUAUGAGGAAAUUUAGAUUGGCUAAGUAAAUAAUACAUUCUAUUAUUCUAGUAAAAAUUUGAAUAAAGUUUCAUAAGAAGACUAUAGAAAAACCAUGAAACAAUUUAACAAAUUAGAAGAUUAUGCAUCCUUUUAUAAAUAAACUCCGAAUUUGUAUAUGUAAUUAAAUAAAAGUUCUCAUUAAUAAUAAAUAUUUUAAAGUGGUUUAGGAUUAGUUUAGUAAUGUAAUCACAUUUAAGUUGCUAAUGCAUAAGCAUAAAUUAGAUCUCCAUAAUAAGUUAAAGUAUUCUCUGAUGCCCUUAAAACUUAGCAAUGCAAAACUUUAACACAUCUUAAAUUGAAUCAUAAUAAGCUUAAUUCAUUCAAGUAUACUAUUCUCUUAUUUCUACUAGAAUUCAACAAUUAACAAAGUCAUUCCCAUAACACUUAUAAGAAUUAGAUUUAAUGAAUAAUGGAUUAGAUUCUAAAUCUUGUCUCUUAUUAUCAAAAUACAUUCAAAAAUCAUAAAUAAAAAAAGUUAAUCUAGAAAAUAAUCGAAUAGGAGAUAUUGGGAGUAAUGCUUUAUGUUAAGCAGUGUAAGAUCACGACUAUUUAUUAUACUUAAAUUUAUCAAAAAACAAUUUAACUGAACAUUGUUGCAUUGAACUUUCAAACUACAUAAAAAAAACACAGGUUCUAUUUGAAUUAUAUCUUCAUUUUAAUUCAAUAAAUAGUGUUGGAGCUAUUAAUAUAUGGAAAGCAUUGUAUAAGAAUUCAAGUGUAAAAGUUUUUGACAUCUCUUAUAACAGAACAGCUUCUUUAGAAUGUUCUUAAUAAAUGGCCAAAGUAAUUAUUAAAUAGUAUCCAGAACUGAUGCAUAUAGACAUUUCAUAUAAUGGUUUUAAUGAGGAAUAAUCUAUUGAAAUAAAAAAAGCAUUAGAUUAAAAUUAAAAUAUUUAUGGAUUUCAUUACUAAGGAAAUUGUCCAAAAUAUUCAGUAGAUUCAACUGGUCAUUUAAGAGAUAGAAUAUAAGAGGCAAUAGAGAUAUAAAGAAAGAUAGAGGAAUGUAAAAAGAAUCCAUAAACAACAUUAAAAUUAGUAGAUGAUAAUUUAAAUCCUGAAAUGUUAAUAUAAGAGUAAUAGUAACAUUAAAAAUAUUAACAAAAAAGAAUAAAAGAUUUAUAAACAGAUUAUGAAUUAUAUAGAAAUUUUAGAUUUAGAAGAAUAUGUGGAAUGAAACCAAUAAAAUAAAAUUAUGACACAGAUAGUGAAUUAGAUGCAUGUUGGAUAUGUGAUGGUUGGUAAGAAGUUAAAUUUACAUGGACUCCUGGUAAAUCUGGUGGAAUGAACAAUGAUCCUAUAUUUGUACAUUUAAACUUUGAGAAUUAUAAACCAGUAUUAAUGACAUUACAUAAUGGAGAAUAUUAUGCACAUAAAAUGUGUCCUCCAAAUUUUAAAGUUACAUAUUUUUAUAGUAAUCCUGUUCUUGGAAUAUAAACAACAGCUAAAAAUUAAUUAAUUACAUAAACUCCUUAAGAUGAUCCUUUAUAUUCUACUAAAUAAUCAUUCUUAUAUAAUGGAGAUAUACUUAUAGAAGGAAAUAAAAUGGGAUUUGUUAAUGAAUUAUUUACUGAAGAUAAAUAAUCAAUUAUGGAUAGAUAUUUUGCUAAAAUAUUUAGUAAACCUAGAGAAGAAGAAAAAACAUUUGAUUUAACUUAAUUUUUAACUAAAACAGAGAAAUUUUGGAGUUAUGAAAUAUCUAUAUUUAAAAAUUAUUAACCAGAUAAUGAUGAAUUAAUUGAUGAAUGUUUUGAAUAUGAUUAUGGUAGUUCUAAAAUUAAUAAAAUAAUUAAAGAUCCUAUUGAAUAUAAUGAAGUUAAAGAAAUAAUGAGAGAAUAUUAUCCAUUUAUUUUUGCAGCAUAUAAAUUUUUAGCAUCUACACUUAUUGGUGCAACUAUUCCAUGUAUUUCAUCUAAUGCUUUUUCUGAUUUCUUAUCUACGACAUAAGUUGUUUCAGAGAAAUUUAGAUCUGGAGAUAUUGAUUUAAAUUUUAUUGCUACUUCUAAUGUAAAAGAUAUUAAUUAUCCUAAUGUUUAUGAAAAAGCACUUGUAAGAUACCAAUUAAUGGAAGUUUUAGUUAGAAUAGCCAUUGAUAAAUAUUUAAGAACAUAAAUUUGUAAAUCUAUUAAAGAAAGUUUAAGAAGAAUGUUUGAAGAAGAUGGAAUCAAAUUAAAAUUAUAAGAAAUUGAUCGUAGUCAAGAUUGGAGAGAUAUGAGAUAUUGGAAUGAAUAAUGUGACAUUUUAUUAAGUAAUUUAUAUCAUUAAAUAUUCUAAUAGAAGAUAGAUUACCUAUGUUAAAACUACUUUUCAAAUUUACAUCUAAAUUAAAUGCUAAAUAAAAAUAUUAUAAACACAUUUGGUUAUAAUUUAAAGAUUUCAGAGAUUUAUUAAAUAAAUGUGAUUUAUAUUGUGAUAUUUUUGUUGAAAGAGAUGCUUAUCUUGCUUAUUUAUUAGCUAUGUAAACAUCAGUUGAUGAACUAUAUUUACUCAAACAUUUUUAAAUGGAAUUUUAUGAAUUCUUAGAAGCAUUAGCAAGAUGUGCUGAAAAAUUAUCAAUUAUUAGAACUAAUGAUUAAUUGACUAUUGAUGAUAGAAGAUAAUAACCACUCUUUAAAAAAUUAGAUGCACUUACAUAUCUUAUUUACAUUAGAUUAGGAGAAAUUAUCAAAGCAUAAUUUCGAGAAUCUGAUGAUCUUUCUGAUUUUGAUAAGUGUAUGUCAAAAACUUAUGGUCAAAUACUUAAAUAACCAAAUCCUGAUGAAGAUGAUUAAAACAUUGAAAAAAUAACACCUUAAUAAGAAGAAAAAAUAUUAGAAGAAUAACUUAAAACUAUUGUUGUUCAAACUAUCAUUACUAUGGUAAUCAUUUUUAUUUAUUUUAUAUAGCCUUAAUAACAAAGCAAAAAAUCUACUGGAAUGACUUUCUUAUAAGUUAUUAAAUAAGCACAAUAAUAAAAAUAAUUAAAAAAUACAUUUAAUCUAACUAAUGUUGUUUAAUAUUUUAGAAAUAAAGAAGAAGAGUAAUAAUUAAAAUGA